AUAGCCGUACUUUCACCAUACUACACUCUUUACUUUUACCAUAUUCUAUUUCAUUCACAAUUUCACAUCUUUUUGAUUGGGAGUUUUUCGGUGUCAAACGACGUGCCAAAAAUUUCACGCACCAACCAACUCAGCCAUCACAGCUCUAUCUCUCCUCCCACACCCCAUGGGGCUUGCUCCUUGGCCAACUCUACUACUCGGAGGUUGAAGAAGGCUCAGGCACAUAUGCUCAGGGACUAUCAACCCAAACCGCACGGCAAACGAUCGAGUGCAUCGGUUGUACUCAUCGGAGUUAUUUUACAUUAUUGUAAAAAUAUCCAGACCUGUCUGGCAAAGAAUUUUCUUUUUAUUUUAUUUUUUGCUUAAAUCGUACAUUUGUUAUAACGAGUUGUCCAUUUUCUUGAGAAUGUGGGAGAGAUGGAUAGCGUGUACCUGAAGACGAAGAGCGAACAGGGGAAGCACACAACAAAGCAUUAGAUUGAACAGAAUUAACGAUGUUGCCGUUGAGGACGAGAAUGGGGUACGACAGCUGUAUUGGUAGGAUUUGUAGUGGUGAUGUCGCUGGCGCUGUGGUCCUCGGUCUGGGCGGGCUGAGUGACAGGGACCGCCGGAACAACAGUGUCGACCGGCUGCGUAGGGAGAGCCGACAGGUUGAGCAGCGGGAAUUCGGGGAAAUCGGCUGGGGCCGGGGGCUGUGGAGUAUCGGUGGGUGGGGUGGUUGUGGUGAACGGGAAUUGAGAUUCGUCAAACGAGAUAUCCUGGAGAGAAAGGGAUCGGCUGUUCUGGAGAGAAGGAAACGGCAAGAUUGCCUGGCCAAGAAAAACUCCGACGUGAGCCGAAGUGAACACCGGCGUGAGACGGUGUGUGAAGGCCGACGUGAGGCGGCGAUGCGAGACAGCCGACAUCCUAUUGUGCCUUCUCGUGGUCUCCGACAAGGUGAUCCUAUUAGCCCGUUAUUGUUUAUUAUUUGUGCAGAGGGGUUGUCUUUCCUAUUACAGAAUGCAGAAAGCAGAGGGUUGUUGCAUGGUAUCUGGGUGGCUCGUGGCAAAAAUAGUAGAGGUAUCCAUUGGAUGGCCUGGGGUCGUAUGACUUACCCUAAGAAAUUCGGAGGUAUGGGGUUCCGUGACAUCUCAGCUUUUAAUGUGGCGCUUUUGGGUAAGCAAGGUUGGCGGUUUCUUACAAACCCAGCGGCAUUGGUUUCUCAGGUAUUUAAGGCAAGGUACUUCCCGAAGACAUCUUUCUUGGAUGCAAAGCUGGGUCAUAAUCCUAGCUAUUGUUGGAGGAGCAUAUUAGCAGCACAAAAUUUGUUGUCCUCGGGCGUUAGAAGGCGAGUGGGCAGUGGUUUGAAUACUACUGCAUGGGGUUCACCAUGGCUCUUAGACGACACAAAUCCUUGUCUUGAGACUCCGAUUACGGAAGCCACAGAAAACAUGGUGGUGGCCUCUUUUAUUGAUUCAAAUCUGGGAGGAUGGAAUAUAUCGAUGCUCGAAAUGACCUUGAUUCCAAGAGAUGUGCAUGAGGUGGAGGCUUUUCAACGGGGGUGGACUGAUGCGGCUACCUCUUUGAAGAGUGGAAGUUCUGUUGUUGCAGUUCCAGGUGCUGUUUUCCAACCCAACACUGCCAAUGCUACGACAGGGGGUGAAGACCGAUCAUUUCGAGCAGCAGUCAAUGGUCGCUUGAUUUGUGUGCAAGAACCUUUGAUGGCAGAAGCCAUGGCAUGUCGUGAGGCAUUACUCUGGUUGAAAGGUAAGAGGAUUCGUGCAUUCAAGCUUUUCACCGAUUGUCUACAGUUGGUCACAGCUAUUGAGCAACGGGAUCGUGGCCCCUUUUCUUCAUAUCUUGGCUCGUUGAUUGAAGACUGUUAUGUUUUACUUUCUUCUUUUGAGUCUGCAUCUAUUUGUUUUAUUCGUAGAUCUUUUAAUUCUGUUGCUCAUACUUUAGCGAGAAGUGCUUCUACACAUCGUUCCAUGUGGGAUGACACUCCUCCAGAACUUACUAUGGACCUUUUAGUUAAUUAAUGAAUUAAUAUUUCCUUUCAAAAAAAAACUACUCCAUCUGAUCCAAAAAAAAUUCCGUUUUGAUUUUUUUAGUUAAACAUUAACUUUCUUUGGUCACAAAUUAAACAUCUUUAUAUUUUUCUAUAUUAUAUAAAUGUGAAAGAGGGUUAGGUACCCCUUAAUAUUAUGCACCUUUUCGAUCCAAAAAACAUGUACAAUUAACUUUAAAACUCGUUCCAUACAAUUUGUACUCCAAAAAGCCCCUAACACCGUUAGUUAUAUUUAGAGAGUGAAUUCUCAAAAUGGUCUUUUCUAAUAAGGUUUUUUCCCAAAG